AUGUUUGAAGACGGUCCUCCACCGCUACCCGUCGUCACCCACUCGUCCCCGAGCCAUCAUGAAUUCUCUCCAGAUGGUGGUCUCGCAGAUUUAGCCGAUGACAAUCGACUAACGGCCGUAGCUGAUGACGAUUUGGAUGGUACGAGUCAUGGGACGGCUCUAGCUCAGCCUAACUCUAGCAUUCCAGAUUUUGAACCUGAAUGCUGCUUCAUUCUUCCUUCCCCAAUUUUAGUGCCUAAAUUAGAUGUGGAUACUAACCAUGUGGAAAAUCAAACGGGUCAUGUUUCUGCUCCCUCCUCUGGUGUAGAGACUGAAAAAAGUUCCUCGAAGCAGGAAGAAGGAAAUACUCGGCAGUUUUCGCCUGAAUCCUCUCAGAACCGAUCAAAAUCGGAUCGAAAGCCUAGCGGUGAUGGAGAAUCAUCUCAUGAUUGCCCGGUUGAAAUGACAUCGGAUGAAAAAAUUUGUAAUGAUGAAACACAGCGGAACUUGACUGUUGAUUCCACCCGUGAUAUUAGCGAAAAUAAUUCAGAACCGCUUGGGGAAAGGAAGAGGCCAACACGAAAUGCAAAUGAAAUUUCCGAAGAAAUCAGAAAUCAUGACCAAAAUGACUGCUUCAAUUCGAAUGGCGAGGAAUUUCAUCAAGAAGAUGCAAAUGGUAAACCCGAAGCAUCGGUGUUGAACAAGUUCGCGACAAGUUCAUUUGAGUGCUCUGGUAAAGCAGAUAACGUGCACGAUUCUGAUAGCACCGGUCAAACUGAAUCUAGAGAAUCAACGAAGACUGAAUUUAAAGCAUGUGCUGUUGAUGGUGAUCAUAUGCCAUCAGCUCAAUGCGUUGAGGCAUGUAACUUUUCAGAAACUGUUACAGAUACAGAACAAGUUACAAUGCAUUCCGCAGAUGAGAAUGACAAAAAAGACCCUGAGAGCAGUGAGUGUGUACAGAUACAGCAAACACCGUCUUUAAGUAAUGCUUCGAAGGUGGAACAUAUUAAAAGUUCUAUCACUGUUGAAUCGAAAAAGCCUAGUGAUCAACUCCCCGAAAAUAACGCUUCUGAGGUGGAAAUUUGCGAGGACAAACAAGAAGAUAGUCGACGAGAUGUGGCUGGUGAGAAUUGUAAUAUUGCUGAUAAAAAUGAUGAGGAUGAGGAUGACGAUUUUGGUGAUUUCGAAGAAUUUGGUGAUUUUGCAGCGACACAACAACCCGUUCAGGCGUCAUUACCAUCAUUGUGCAAUAUUUACAAGGCUGAUCGAGUGAAGGAAUGGGUUGUGGAUAACGUUCAGUGGCAAGAUGUGAAAGGAAAUGAAAUUGAAGAAGAUGCCACUUCAGAAAACGAUUGUUGCAAGAAUGAAUUCGAAAAUGUUUUAGAAGAUUUGCAAGAAACACGACAUGCUGUUGAUAGUCUGAAGUAUGUAUAA